AGCGUGCUCGCCGGCCCGGGAGGCCCGCGGGCCCAGGACCGACGCGCCGAGGCAGCGUCUCCUCAGCGCCCCCGCCUUCCGCAGGCAGCUGGGCGGGCCCCAGCGCCGGGCCGCGAACAGGCGGCGCGGCGAACACCCGCGCGAGGCCCCGCGGCGCGUCAGGGAAGCGCGCCGGCCACCUCGGUCCCCAGACGCCGCCGCCGCACGCACGCACGCGCAGUGCACGCAGCAUGAGGGUCGCGGCCUUGAUCAGUGGUGGCAAGGACAGCUGUUAUAAUAUGAUGCAGUGCAUUGCUGCGGGGCAUCAGAUCGUUGCUUUAGCAAAUCUGAGACCAGAUGAAAACCAAGAGAGGUCUGAUGAGCUGGAUAGCUACAUGUAUCAGACAGUGGGUCAUCAAGCCAUUGACUUCUAUGCAGAGGCAAUGGCUCUUCCGCUGUACAGGAGAACCAUCAGGGGAAGAAGCUUGGAUACAGGACGGGAGUACACUAGAUGUGAAGGUGAUGAGGUUGAAGAUCUCUAUGAGCUUUUGAAACUUGUGAAGGAAAAUGAAGAAGUAGAUGGGAUAUCAGUAGGUGCCAUCCUUUCUGACUAUCAGCGUGUUCGCGUAGAAAAUGUGUGUAAAAGGCUUAAUCUUAAGCCUUUGGCUUACCUAUGGCAGAGGAACCAGGAAGAUUUGCUUCGAGAGAUGAUAGCAGCUAACAUUCAGGCAGUCAUCAUCAAAGUAGCAGCUUUCGGUUUGGAUCCAGAUAAGCAUCUAGGAAGAACCCUUGAUGAAAUGGAGCCCUAUCUCUUAGAGCUUUCUAAGAAGUAUGGAGUUCAUGUAUGUGGAGAAGGUGGAGAAUAUGAAACAUUCACUUUGGAUUGCCCUCUAUUUAAGAAGAAAAUAAUUGUAGAUUCCUCGGAAAUAGUCAUACAUUCAGCUGAUGCAUUUGCGCCAGUGGCUUAUCUGCGCUUUUUAGAAUUGCACUUGGAAGACAAGGUUUCACCAGUGCCAGACAACUACAAAAUAUGUGGUUCAGUACAUAAUUCUUAAAAAGCAUUUUAGAACAUUGUUGAGUAAACUAUCAUUGCUAUAAAAAAUACAUACCAGUUCGUGAACUGUGACCAACUUUUCCAUACUUUUGUAAUGUCUUAAAAAGAAUACUUGUUUCCAGAAGAAAUUAGUAGUACUGUUAAUUGAUUGGGAAAAAAUAUAUCAGUGACUUCAUUCAGUACUACUACCUACUUCCUCAGGAUUCACUUUCUCUUUUCUAAUAAGAGUUCACUAUGAUCUCUAUGUCAUAGGAGAAAAAAUAUGUAUCCUUUUUUUCCUUUUCCUUUCUCUCCAACUCUCAUUUUUUUUAAUAUUUCAUCAUUACAUUAGUUUCUUUUCCUUCUUUUAUUUCAUUUUACUGUCCUUGCCAAUUAGUCAUGAUGCCAAAACACCUGAAAAGGAAGGUGAAAAACAGUUAGUUUUUUUAGCCAAUAAACUUGUUCUGCUAGUUGUUA